AUGGGCCAGGUGACAGGAGGCCUUGGCUGGCGGCUCAGCCUGUUGCUGCUACCUUUGCUUCUGGUACAAGCUGGUUCCUGGGGGUUCCCAGCAGACCCCCUGAGCCUUCAAGAGCUGCGCAGGGAAUUCACAGUCAGCCUGUACCUUGCCAGGAAACUGCUCUCUGAGGUUCAGGGCUAUGUCCACAGUUUUGCUGAAUCUCGCUUGCCAGGAGUGAACCUGGACCUCCUGCCCGUGGGACACCAUCUCCCCAAUGUUUCCCUGACCUUCCAGGCAUGGCGUCACCUCUCUGACUCUGACAGACUCUGCUUCCUCGCUACCACACUUCGACCCUUCCCUGCCCUGCUGGGAGGGCUGGAGACCCAGAGGACCUGGACCAGCUCAGAGAGGGAGCAGCUGUGGGCAAUGAGGCUGGAUCUCCGGGACCUGCACAGGCACCUCCGCUUCCAGGUGCAGGCUGCAGGAUUCAGCUGUUCAGAGGAGGAGAAGGAAGAGGAAGAAGAGGACGAGGAGGAGGAGGAAGGGAAGGAGCUGCUCCUAGGGGCUCUGGGUGGCCCCAACCAGGUGUCAUCCCAAGUGUCCUGGCCCCAGCUGCUCUAUGCUUACCAGCUCCUACAUUCCCUGGAGCUUGUCCUAUCUCGGGCUGUUCGGGACCUGCUGCUGUUGUCCUUGCCCAGGCCUCCAGACUCGGCUUGUGAUCCCUAA